CAAAAAUAGGAUUUUCCUCUUUACAUUAACCGGACAGCUUUUAUGUGAGACUAAAGUAUUCAGUAUGGUAACAUUGGACACAUACAGUAAGUAUUUUAACGUAGGGCGGAUUUCUUUCUCUUUGCGAACUAGUGUGUUUAUGGCAAAUAGUGACGCAAUCAAACAGCACCCGCGUUGUUUGUAACGUUAGCCUGCAACUUCGAUAGCGGAGUAUCCUCUUCUUAAACACCGUGAAAUAUUAAGUCUUGAAUAGUAAAGUGUUUGUAGUAUUUAGAUACGUCUACGUUAGUCCUACAUUCUUCCAGACACCACUCUUUUUUAUGCGCAAGUUUAAACGCGUGUAGAACAGGUUGCUGAGACUGUCAGGAAGACGUUAGUUAGCCAACAAGCUAACAUGAGACCACAGCAGCGACACAGCAGCUAUCCAAAAGGUAACGGCUUGAGUUAAUUGUCCACAAUGGAGGAUACCUCGUCUUGUUCUUCGAUGGUUACUGGUCUUUCGCAAGCGUCUUGCCUCCAGAGGACGUUGGAGCGGUUAUCCUUCACACAGUGUCUGAAACUGAAAACGGAGGAGGCGGGUCGUGUCGCUGUCAUCGCACUUCAGAGGUAUCUAUCCGAGCAAACUGAGGGGCAGCAGCAGCCCGACAGCUACAGCUACGAUGUGACUGUCACUGACGGGGUCGGGCGAGUCAAAUGCUUUGUUCACCCUAGUUUAAACCACCUGGUGCACUCGAACAUCCUCAGGACUGGGACUGACAUCAGCAUCACGCAGUGCUCUUUUGUUUACAACGAGAGGAGACUGGGACAUGGUUACGUUUGCAUUGAAAAGCUCAGAUGUGGUGCAAGGAGGUCUGCUGUCCUGCCCCACAUAAAGGAUGUCAGUUCACUGCCCAUGCUGGUCAAGCAUGGCAUGGAGAGGAGUGUGGUGCUGCAUAGUGAUGUUCCCCUUCAGGUGAACCGCAAACAUUACCUGUCUCUGUGGAACAACGACGACCCGGAGGGAGACAUCUGGGUCUCAGGGUCUCCGUCAUCUGACACAGUGCUGGACGUGUCCAAAAUUACACUUCUUCGUAGUCUGGAGUCAUGCUUUAGAAACACAUGGAAACCCCUUCCUCUGCUAGUGAAGAUAAUACACAAGUCCAGAUUACGGUAUUAUGGGAAGUUUGGGCUCAAGAUUGAUUACCCCUACCAGGCUUACUUUGAAGUUGCUGACCAGAGUGGGACAAUGUCCCUUGUGCUUUGGAACGAACUUUGUCCGGAGUUUUACCAGAGACUGAAUGUAGGCACAGUAUUGUACCUCCAAAAUUACACCUUGAAGCAGAGUUAUUCAAACCGGUCACACCCACAAAUGGACCAUCACAGGAUGAAGACUUUUAACUCAGUAGAAAUCUGCCUGAACCCUCGCAACCCAGCCUCUGUCAUCACUGUGGUCUCACCAAAGAGUGUACUGCCUCAGUGGGGAUUGCCUGAGGUUUCCUACCAGUUCAUCACCAGGUCAGAGUUGGAUAAAUUAGCCACCAAUUCUGCAUGCGAUGUCAUUGGUUUGGUAACAUUUGUUGGUCGUGUGGAAAGAGUCAAGAGUAAAGGGAACAAGGGUCCAGAAAAGUACUGGACGUACCGCUGGAUCCACGCAGUGGACGGAACAUCUGACCACCCUUUUAUCCUCGAGGUUUUUUCCUCUUCACGCCCAGAAAUUUUCAGUCAGAUUUGCCCAAUGACCUACCUGGUGUGUACUCAGAUGAGAGUUUGUCAUGUGGAAGGCUCGUCGCCCUACCUAACAAGCAGCUGCGAGACAGAGACGUUCAUCACAGGCUAUCACAAAGGUCAGCCAUAUGUGAGUGACCCCAAAGUGAAGAGCUUCAUCCAGUGGACCAAGACUUUGAAGGACAAUGUUGUCCUCCAGAAGACUGCUGUUGGUGGUCAUUAUUGCUACCCUCCCCCACAGAAGUGUACUCAGUCACUGGCAGAUGCCUCAGGUCAAGCUCCUCUGGUUGCUGUGGCUGACUUGAAGAGGGAGUUAGAGACCCUGCAUUACAUGGAACAUAAAAAACUUGCAAUUCAAGGACAGAUUACGGCAGUGCGGUACAUGAAAAGCCCAAGGGCCACAGAUUCUCAAGGAGCAGAAGAGGAAGAGGUGCUAGAUGUUUUAUCUGAGGUGUGUGAACAAGCUGAACCUGACACACACUCGACAGCUGAGCAGACUUUGGCAACCAGUUUAACAUCUCCCUCUGCUGAGAAAAUCGCAGCAAGCAGAAGGAAAAGAAGAAUUCAAACAGGAGAAGCCACGGAGAGCACUUUGAAUAAUGGUGGCGUGCCAGCAAAAAGGAGGGCUGGAUAUAAUAAUACAGAGGAAGGACAAGAAGAAGACAGUGAGGAAGUUCAGGAUGUGGAAUCGCGCCUCCGACUGCAAAAUCAAAAUCAAGACUCUGAUGUAUUAUCUUGGGAAAGCAGCAGUUGGCUGAAGCAGCGACAGGAAGUAUCUGAACAUUUGUGUCAAGGUGGUUUGUACCAGGACAGUAUCUCUCAGAGGUUCACCUCUGAUGAAAAGUACGUCCUCCUGCAGUGGAGUAACCUUCAGCCAAUGCAGUGGACACCAGAGCAAGUCACAGACACCACCACCCCACCUGGGGUUUGUCCAGGAUACUACCAAGUAACAAUAUUAGGCAUAAACAAGCAGAUGGCCGUUGAUGCCGCGUACUUUCCUAUUGUGAGCUCAGAUGAGCCCAGGGCGGUAGGUCUUCCUCAGCAUCCUCACGGCAACACGAUGCUCUCCUGCCUUUCGUCUGGCUUCAUCUGCCCUCUCAGUGAUUCUGCCAACUGCAGUGAAGCUUUACCUCCUGAGCCAGAGGAGGUCUUAGCGACUGCCAGUGAGCUAGAGGAUACGCAUGUCGUGUGCAUCUUGGACCUUUGUCAUUUGGGUGGACAUAAGGUGGAAGUCAUAAUCAGCAAGGUGUACAGAGUGUCAGAGGUUUGUCUCGACUAGGAGGCACAGAAGAGUGAGUGUUCAGUUCUGUUAGAAUAGCUUGUAAUUAUUGUUAGCAAACAUUAAUCAUGUAAUUAGACAGUUAUUUUGGAUAGAAAGCGCAAAGGAAACCCAGUCCACUUGUUUUAUACCAAACCUCAGUUUGAUACUUGUAAAUUGCCUGAUUACCUGUUAUAAGAGAAAACAAUGUUUUAUCAGCCAUUAAAACACUGACAUACA